AUGUAUCAUCUGGUGCUCGAAAAGUCACUUGGCGUGCGUAGUCCGCAGCCCAAGGCGGCCUGCGACUCGCGAGGCUCCACAGAUGUCGGAAGAAGCCAAGGCCGACAGAGACAACCGUUUGUUCAGCUGCCCAAUACGAUGGUCCAGGCGGGAGAUGAAACAGCAGUUGACCGGCGUUGUUUCUCGACGUGGCUUAACCCGGUCUUCGCCGAGAGCUCCUACGAAUCACUCUGGUCAGCCGCGCGAGAGAUUCACGCGAUCAGCUCCAAUCGUUCCUCACCUUCAUCAACCGAGAUUGACUCUGAGUCUGAUGAGGCCAAUGAGAUUGAUCCAUGGGAGAAGUCGUUCGGGCUGAAUUGGCUAACCCGACUGCUCUCGUUUGCCAUCCGUCAAGCCUCAACCGUCACCGAUGACGAUCACGAUUGGGAAUCUCUAUCCUCGUUGGUCGGUCAGGUUGUGGCCCAGAUGACCGGAAGCCCUGAUUGUCCUGCCCAGAGCUUUUUGCGACGCUAUCAAUUUGAUCUCUUGGUUGAGGAGACCGGUUCCGAAGCAUUGGCCACUCCGAACUCGACAGGCGUCAAGGUUCCGAUCGAAAUACAAAUCCGAGAGGGCAGUCUAUCCUUUUCAGCCAUAGGUUCCCAAACGUGGAACUCCGCUCCUUUGCUGUGUCGUCGUUUGAGUCGGGAGCCAUUCAAUUUUUUUCCUCAGCUACGUUCUAAUGGCGUCGAAAAUUGUCCAAUCAACCCUGCUUCGACCAACAUCGUAGGGGUGAAGAGAUCGCUGAAAGUUCUGGAACUGGGUUCGGGGACUGGGUUGGUCGGCCUUACUUCAAGUCAGAUUCUGGCCUCCAUUCUAUCUUCUUCACUCUCUUCCAUCGAACCCACUGAUGUCGAAGUCAUCUUGACUGAUUAUCAUCCGGAGGUUCUGAAUAAUCUACAGCAUAAUCUCGAAUUGAAUAGAUCCAGACACAAUCUUCCAAAAGGUUGUCCCUCCACCUUGAGUGUCAAAGUGAUGAAACUCGAUUGGAGAGAGCCCGAAAGCUCGGAAUUGGCUCACAUUGGACUCACCGGGGCGUUCGACGUGGUGUUAGGGAGCGACCUCGUAUAUGAACCUGAACACGCAGUUUGGGCCUCAAACGCGGUGCGCUACUUCUUAAAAUCGGAGCCCAAGAAGCUCGAAGAUCUGGAACCGGAAAGGGACUCGAACCUUCCUGGGGGAAAAUUUUCUUGGAUAGAAUCCCAGCCGUCGUUCCAUCUCUUGCUACCGCUUCGACCCACUUUCACAAAGGAAUCCGAAGCGGUGCAUCAAGUAUUUGGAGGUUCCGAUAUGAACCUGCUACUGGACCAAACCGAUCAAGUUUCCAGCACACUACCGAUCCAUAGUUGUAAAUGGGAAUUGUCGAGCAACGUCCACUUGGAGAAGGUCACUCACCCUACGAAUACUAGGCCAUUGAAAAUAGCAAAAUACAGCAAAGAAGAAGGUGUUCAGUUUGGCCAAGGAUGUGGUGAAUAUCAGUAUUUGCAGAUUAGAUGGGGUGACUAGACAACGGUCUUGGCAGGCAAACAUCAUCUCUUGUUUUUUGUGGAAAACCUAAAACUUUCUGAUGUCUACGCGGUUUUCUUCUUUAAUUUGUUUAUGGUAUCUUCGUCUCACACCUUGGUCACUUCCCCAUUCUUCUCGAUUACAACAUCGGUGGUCACGUGAUAUGUCAUCUCAGACACCUGAAUAGAUUUCUUUUCUUUCCUCAUGAUUCUUUUCAUUGUUUGAAUAAUGUUGCACUGCGGAACAGCAUGUGGUGCUUUGGCUUAUGUUUUUCUCUAUCGUUACAUGCAUCUUCUAAAUCAACAUGUUUCAUUUAGUUGCAAUGGAUAAUUUGUUGGGGUGCUCCAUCAAGUGUGUUCCUAA